AAAUCACAUUGAUCAACGCAGAUAACGAUUUCGGUAGGAUAUAUAAAAGAUUCAUUUUGGAAAAUUCGUUCUGUCCACUAAAAACUUGUUCACCAUGUUAGCACUGAGCGUCUUUGCAAUAUUUGCGACGGCCCACGUUUUAGCAGGUGCGGUUCCGCCGCGAAUCGUGGGUGGACAAGAUACCACUAUUGAUAAAAAACCGUUUCAGGUUUCCGUGUUGCUUAGCGGCAGGCAUAAUUGUGGCGGAAGUAUAAUCAACGAUUACUGGAUUCUUACAGCCGCUCACUGCAUUCAAAGAGACGUUUCCGUCUACACGGUCAGAAUUGGUUCCUCGAUGAGGACAUCUGGUGGUAUUAUCCACGAAGUUGAUUCUGUCGUCGUUCAUGAACGAUACACAUCACCAUCUAGAUAUUCCAAUGACAUUGGCUUGAUUAAGCUUCGUCAUCCAAUCGAAUUUUCUGCAGUCGCUCAACCAAUCAGAUUACCCGAACAGGAUGAACUACUGGAAGAUGAUACCAUGACAGAAAUUUCUGGAUGGGGCACAUUAACCUUUUGGGGCAGUACUCCAGAACAGUUGCAAAUGGCUGUCGUACCAAAAAUCUCUAUGGAACGAUGCCAGGGCAUGUAUGAUCCGUCGUCUCUUUCCGAAGACAUGCUGUGUGCUGGAUACCCUGACGGUGGCGUUGAUGCUUGUCAGGGAGACUCUGGUGGACCAUUGGUGGCUUAUGAGAAAGUUUAUGGUAUCGUUUCGUGGGGUAGCGGUUGCGCAUGGGCUGGUUCACCAGGUGUUUAUUCUCGAGUUUCUAGCAAUCGUGAUUGGAUAAGACGACAUACUGGAGUAUAAAUAAAAUGUCAUACGGAAAUAUAUUUGUUUAAAAUGUUCAACUUAUGACUGUAUGCCUGAUUACGUUGUUUGUAAUAAAUAGAUGCAAUUCA